AUGGGGUGUGUGAGGAGUGUGUUUGGGGUGUUUCUGGUGACUGUUGUGAUUGUAGGGCCUUGUUCAGGUAAUGUGAGAAAUGAUUUUCAUGAAUUAAAGGGUGGCAAUGGCAUGGCCAACUCUACCGCUGAAGUUUCUCGUGGUUUGGUGGGAGAUGUUGGUGUGAGUGGGACGAACUCGUCGGAAGUUUUAUUAGGUGAAAUGAAGUUCAGUGGGGGGAACGGUGGAAGAGGAGGAGGUGGUGGCGGGGGUGGAGGAAAUGGAGGUGGAGGUGGAGGAGGAGGAGGAGCUGAACAUAAAGGACGAAAAAGAAAGGGUGGAGGAAGUGGCGGUGGAGGUGGGGGUGGAGGAGGUUCAGGUGGUGGAGGAGGAGGAGGAGGAGGAAAUGGACAAGGUCAUGGAUGGGGUGGAGGAAGUGGUGGAGGAGGAGGAGGAGGUGGGGGUGGUGGAGGAGGGGGAGGUGGUGGUGGAAGUGGGGGAGGGGGAGGAGGAGGAGGUCUUUCAGAUCAGUUAGUAACUCCUUGA